UGGAGCAGGAGAGGUUCAGCGUCCGGAUCCGUUGCUUAUUUCUGGCCGUUUAUACCUUACUUAUUAUCAAGGCUUAUUGCACCACACACUGGGUUGUGACCGAAGAUGGCAAAAUACAGGCUCAAAUGGACUCGAUCUUCCAGCUGCGACGUCCUUAUGAUUUCCUGGCCCUGGCCCAGCAGGAACAGAGGGCCAUGCAGGUAGAAUCUCUAAAGAGAGAUCUUGUGUCUCAAAAAUCACAGAUUGAUCGUAAUGAAGAUAAGGACACGCAGUUAGAAGAGAGGAUAUACAGAACGGAUUCAGACUGCGUGCUUGCUGGUCGACCCCUCACAGAAUUUGAUCUUUAUGCAAGUACUGUAGUCAACAUGGAGAGUGUAGGAAUCAGACUUGAGGAUCACCUUGGGUUAUCCCCAUCUGCGUCAGAUGCUCUCCUGGAGCCGGACUGUGUCAAGGCCUUUGACAUGCCCUUCUCCAUGUUUGCCUACGAACACCUUCAGGGCAUCCGGUAUCGUGACAACCUAACCACAACCACCGAGGAAGACCUAACAACGGUGGGUGGGGAGAGCGAUGUGUCUGUGUGGGGUCAUAGGGUCGCAGUGGCUCUGGUUACAAAUUCCUCAUCCUGGGUUCUGCACAACCUCGCCACUCAGUACUGGAGAGUGAAGGCAGAACCCCUCAAAGCCACAGAGUGUGUGCGGAGGGCUCUCCACCUAACACCCAGGAAUUACCGCUAUAUACCAAUGGUUCACUUGGGCAACAUCUUGCACCGAGCAAGACGAUCAGACGAGGCUGUGUUAGUGCUCCAUGCAGCCAUAGACCACUACAGACAUUCCCCAGUUGCGCACAUAACUUUAGGCAAUGUUUAUGCUACAUUAGCAUUUUAUAAUGUUUCUGUAUUGUGCUUUGAAAAUGCGUUAUAUAUGUCUCCUGGUGACCAGAGCUUACGUCGUAGAAAACAUGCUGUUCUAUGUCAUUCAAAAUUAGAAGCUGCAUUGGAAAACCAACAUCAGUCUCUACAGAGAACUUUAGGUGAGCUGAGAGAUUACCAGAAGCGGCAUGAGGAGUGGUUAUCUCUCCAGCAGAAGCUUCUUCUUGAGCAAGCUACUCCAGAAAUGAAACUGGAGUCAAGACUGGAGUACGAAGAGCAGAAAAUCAGAGAGAGCACAGAUGGAAGAGGUCAAGACUGUUUUCAGUAUCAACAGGAUGGCCACACAUUCUUGAGUUGCAACAUGCGAAGAGAUCAGCUGGAGCAAAGAGGGUCUCCUUCUGAGCUCCUCUUAGAUCUGCAGAGUCUUCUCCAUACUGUGGAAUCAGAGGCACUAAGAUUAGGGCAGCAUGUGCUCAAGAGAAAGCCUUUGCUAAUGUCUCAGGUACCACAGAUCAUGCCACUGCAUCCAACGAAGACCUACAGGAAUGGUGGUACACCAGGGAUCUUGGAUGUGACACUUGGUGAAGGGUUCCCCACACCAGAGCAAUGCGAGCAGGCACCUCCUCUCCCUCAGUGGGAUGACUUUCCUUCAGUUUUCCUUCCUGCUGAAAACAAGGGAUUCUCAGUUGACAGAUUUCUUAGCGAUGACAUAGAUGUCAGCUUCAAUGAAGAACACCCAUUGCCAUGGCAUCCACCCAUAUGUGAGCGACUCAGUGAUGUUGUAGAAGGAAUUGAUGACAUUCCUGGUAUUAAAGAGCGGCACACGUUGACCACAAGAAACCCUGAUCCUCAUGCUGUCCCUUACCUCAUGAAGUAUGGUUACCAGGGAUCGGAGGCAGAAAUAGGGCAGCGGAUCAGCAGUGCUAUGAAGAAAGGUGUUGGCCCCCAGUGGCUUCUCUACAACUUAGCGGGACUAUACUGGCGGGUGCACGGAAACCUCUAUAAUGGCGUUGAGUGUUUGAGACGUGCUGUUGCAACAGCUCCUGAGGAGUGGCGUGAUGUGCCUCUAGUAAACACAGCAGCAUUGCUGUAUACUGCAGGACACAUUGAUGAUGCAUUAACUUUGACAUUACAAGCUGUUCAAGUUGAUGAUCAAGAGCCAGAGACAAACUUCCUGUUGGCUAACUUGUACUGUGGGAAGGGAAACCUAACAGGCGCAUGGCACCACUAUGAGCGCGUGUUGGCAGCCUCCCCUAAUCACCCUGCCGCUCUUCAAUAUCUGACUGCUCUCGCAUGCCACACCCGACCUCCUCACUCCGUCCGACCUUUGCCCACGUGCCAGAAUCAGGGAGGAGUUGAAGAAGGCGUUUGUACAACAGAUGGAGGUUGUCAGGCUGUUGUGGACAAUGGAUCUGGUGAUGACAAAAAUGAAUUGCUAGAGGAGAUCAACCUUGAUCUUGAAAUAGAGACAGAAGAGAAUGAAGAUGAGGAUAACUCCUCUUUAUCGAAGCCUUCAGUUCCAGCUGAAGACAAAAGCAAAGGAACAGGGGAUCCACAAGGACCUGAGUCAAAGAUAUCCAACAAGCAGAUUCAUGUCCGUGUGGGCCUGGGCUCAGACGACGCAACAUUGACAACAGCUGAAGCAGAAUCCAACCCCCCCUCAGAUACUCCUGCCAUUGAAGACGACCCGCUUCCCGACGUCCUCUUGCGGGUGCGGGAAAGGGUAGCCUCCCCUCCUCCCCCUCCGCAUGUUUGUGAUCGUGCCAAUAAACUGAGUGAUGUCAAGCAUUUCACCUCCACUUGGCUUUCUGUCUCGGCCAAGAACAUUGAUAUAUCUGAUUACCUCGUGCCCAGUCCACAAGUAGGCACACCCCUGGAGGAGCCUGUGUGCCGAGGAGAUCUCCCUGCCUCCAUGCACACCCUGGACCACUUAGCGGGUAUCAGACAUCGCCAUCUUCUGCCUCACUUUCCAGAAAUGGGUCUACGUGAAGCUCUGCAGACACUCACUGACCGGACACCUGUACCUGUGGAAUUGAUGGCAACCAGAAUUGCAAGAUCUUUACAAAAAAAUGAAACUUCAUGGGUAGUGGCAACAGCAGCAGCACUAUACUGGAGAGUCGUGGGUAGUGGAGAGAGAGCAGUGGAUUGCCUGCGCCACACACUCCAUCACGCGCCGCGACAUAUGAAAGACAUUCCAUUGAUAUCUUUAGCAAAUAUUCUUCAUAGGGCAGGACUCUACAACAACGCCCUUGUUGUAGCAAAUAUGGCAUUAGAGAUAUCACCGAAAUUUGUGGUCAUCCAUUUCACCAUGGCAAAUAUUUAUGCUGCUAAGGGUGAUCUUGAGAAAGCGACAGCAUUUUACCAGUCUACUCUAGCCCUCCAAUCAUCCUUUGAGCCAGCCAGGGAUCGCCUAAGAGCAAUCCAGUGUGCUUCAGUAGGCGAGGAAUUGAUAACCAAAAAUUGAAAUAGGCACGGUGUUUCGGUUAAAUACAGAGUGCAAAGGUACGGAAAAUAGCCCCAAGAUUAUGCUGAUUCAAUCUUGCUCACGAAGAACAAAAAAUUGAAAUUCAUGAAGAUAAUGAUUUGACUUUAUUUUAAAAAUUUCCCAAUGCUUUUAUUUUCUUCUUUGCUCUUCUCUUCUUAUGCAGAUUAACAAAGACAGAAACUGUCUCAUUCUUGCAUAGCUUUGAUCCUUUUUUUUUACUUUGGUUGUAAUAGAUUUUCACAUCAUUCCAUAUAGAGAGGAUAGUGAAUGUUCAGGUAGAAGGGCCAUUGAAAACAUUUUAAAAGGAAGUAAAUAUUGGUUUUAUUAUAAUGCAGUGUAGUAAUUUCCAUUGGAUAAUGUGGUGCAAUAAUCACAUUUUGGUUAGAGAAACUUCUUCUAAGGUAAAUCUGAUACUAGCAUGUGUACUUGCUGGUGGAUAUGUGCAUGUGCACUUUAAAAAUUGUUUUUAUUUUCAUUUCUCUUUUACAGUUUUAUCCUAGUAUGUACAUAUAAUAUGUACCCAAAAAUAUUAGUAUUGAUUUUUAUGUUGUAGACAUCAGUGGCCUUUUUCUUACUGAGAACUUUCUUUAUGCAUCUCAAACACAAAAGUGACUAAUAAUUCCUGAGAUGUUCCUUCUCCUGAGACACAUCCAGUGAUGUAAUUACGGUGUAUAGAAGUUACCCUUCUUUUAACGACCUGGUUUCUGGUAUAAGCAUCUGUGAUGAAAAUCUGUGUAAAAAUCUGCAUCGGAAUGAUGCAGUGUAUGUUUUUUUAUGGAUUUUUUUGUUUGUUUGUUUGUCUGUCUAAAGAUGUAUAUAAUGAAAAUGGCAUAGCUUCAUGGCAUUGGUAAUUUUGAAAUACUAGGGUUCAUCAGUUAAGUUUCCUAGUUAUAUUUUUUACUAACUUUCUUUUUCUUGCAGAUAAAUAUUUCUGAUUAUUGAUAAGAUUGGUAUGAAAUACCUACAAAUUGUAUUAUUUUCUUAUCACAGAAUUGUUAUCAUUAUGGUUUGGUAACGUGUUGCAUAUUUUGUUAUGUAUAUAUAUUUAUGUACAAUCUUUUUUUGUUUUUUUGUUUCUUCAUCAAAAUAUGCAGCAGUUACUCAUAAGAAAUUACAAGGAAAUUGGGUUCCUACCUAUAUGUAGGAAGAAUAGUACUUCUAAAGCUGGCACUAUUCCUUAACUUCUAUCUGAAAAAUUACGGUGAUGAUGGUAAGUGAAUGUCAAAUACUUCCUAGUCAAGAUACGUUUCUAAUUCCUUACAAUUUAGAAACAAAUGCUGUAAAAGCAAAUAGAGAUUUAAAUUGUUAUUUUAUAUUUUGUAUUCCAUAUCAUUAUAAUUUAUUUACAUAGUAAUUUGAUGUUCCUCUUUCCUUGCUGAAUGUGCCAUAAGCAUAAUAAAUGAAAAGGUUUUGUAUGGACUGUGAAAAUGAAGUAGUAACAAAGGGUGUAGAUCACAUCUUAUUUUGCUCAGAGUUACAAUAUUUUGUAUAAUGCGCAUGCCAUGGGAAGCCAUGAAUGUGUUUCAUCUCAUUUCCUUCCUUUUUUUCACGUAAGGUUAAUAAUAUCCAUAAUUGCCAGAACAAUCUAGUCAGAGCUUUGCCAUAAUUUCCUUUGAAGUCACAACGUUAUAGUUGUAAAUUGAUGCAUUUCUACUUAAUAGAUUAAUUGGAAUAUGUCAGUGUUCGUUAGAUGUGUUGAUGACGCACACAAUAAUGGCUUCGUAAAGAAGAGUUGCCGAGGGUUGUUAGGCUGUUCUGGUGUCUUUGGGUCUUGCAACAUUGAGAACAUUGAACAACUCCAGCACCUUUUAAGUGUAACCUGUUUUCACAUUUUUCACAUUGUCAGAUUUGAGUUUGGACAGAAUCUAUGUUUAGUGUUAGAGAUUACUUAUACAUUGUUUAAGCUUUCAAGCCAACUAUUUGUAAGGCUUAUCAGUCUGCAAUGUAGAAAAGAAUUACCUAAAAAAAUUUUGGAUGAGUCAUUUGCUAAGAAAAAUUCUGUACCAAAAGAUGUUACUCAUUUUUGAAAAUUGAAUUGAAAUGUGCAUUAAAAAAAUAUGGUUAUCACAUAUUAUUCAAGUUAACAAGAGAAAUAUAGAUUGUGUUGCUUUUUUAUAUUCUAGGAAAGCUAUAUUGGAAAGAGGAAUAAGCAUCGUGUAAAUCAGUAUUUUGUUUAGUAUUACAAGAUGUAGCUGGGAAUAUAACUUGUCCUAGCUCUCUCAUUUGUUACAGAAUACACAAAGAAAAAAUAGCUUCUGUUUAAAGUCUGCUUAUGAGAAGAAGAACCUCAAAGUUAACAUGUUUAAAAAGUGUGUUUUUUUUUUAUUGUUUCUUCAGCAGGUAGAGGAAAGUUCUGUAGAUUUGUUUUGUCCAUUUACUUCAGUAGUUUGGCUGUUAGCUUGACAAUUCAGUCAGAGAUUAAAAAGAUUCAGUAUUAUAGGUAUUAAGAAUGCAUCCCAUUGUGUAUUUUUUUUUUUUUUUUUCGAAGAGAACUGUUGCUGGAAAAACUGAGCUAAGCACCCUCUGGAACUCUUACUUUGCCUCAUAAAUUGUAAAAAAUAAAUAAAUAAAUAAAAACAAAAAAAAGAUUGCAGUAACAUGACAUACAUUCCAUUUUUUUUGUGUUUGCCAUUGCAGGACAGGAGAGUCAUGUCCUUUGUCAUAAGUUAUAUAUUUUGUAUAUUUUAGCCUCUUAGAUUACCGUGAAAAUUUGGCUGUGUAUUAAGUGGAAACUAAAUGAACAUUUAUGACAAUAGGCAAUACAACAGAUAUUCUGCCAAAUCCCCGAGAAAGCAAGAAAGUUUAUUGAAAUCAUAUGAAACAAAAAUUGAUGGACUUAAUUGAUUGUAUCCUGUUUCAUUGUCCUCCCAACAAUACUCAGAUGAUAAAAUAAAUGUGAAAUUUCA